AUGUGACAGCCAAGAUGGCGGCGCUCGGGCUGGCGGUGCCGGCGCUGCUGUGGCUGUGUCUGGGUCUGGGUUCGGGCCGCGCUAUGGCCGCCGUUCCACUGGUCAUCUGGCACGGCAUGGGAGACAGCUGCUGCAAUCCGCUGAGUAUGGGCUACGUCCGGGACUUGGUGCAGCGCAGAAUCCCGGGCAUCUACGUGCUGUCCCUGCGCAUCGGCAGCUCCCUGGUGCAGGAUGUGGAGAACAGCUUCUUCAUGAAUGUUAAUGACCAAGUGAGAGAGGUGUGCAGCCAACUCGCAAAGGACCCCCACCUGAAAGGAGGCUACAACGCAAUGGGCUUCUCCCAAGGAGGCCAGUUCCUGAGGGCCGUGGCCCAGAGAUGCCCUUCUCCUCCCAUGUUCACUUUGAUCUCCAUUGGGGGGCAGCACCAAGGAGUGUAUGGCUUUCCACGCUGUCCUGGUGAGAGCUCCCAAAUCUGUGACUGGAUCCGAAAGAUGCUGGAUCUGGGUGCCUACACACAAGCUGUUCAAGAGCACUUGGUACAAGCACAGUAUUGGCAUGAUCCUUUGAAGGAGGAGGACUACAGAAAAAAGAGCAUCUUUUUGGCUGACAUAAAUCAGGAGAGGGGCAUCAAUGAGACAUACAAGAAAAACCUGAUGGCUUUGAAAAAGUUCGUGAUGGUGAAAUUUCUCAAUGAUACUAUGGUUGAUCCUCCGAUCUCUGAGUGGUUUGGGUUUUACAAAAGCGGCCAAGCCAAGGACACCAUUCCUUUGAAGGAGACCUUGCUGUACAAAGAGGAUCGCCUGGGGCUGCAGCAGAUGGACAAAGCAGGAAAGCUGGUGUUCCUGGGGGUGGAAGGGGAUCACCUGCACUUCACAGAAGAGUGGUUUUAUACCCAUAUCCUCCCAUUCCUCCAGUGAAGCUAAGGAGAGGCACCUCAUGGGAGCGCUCAGGAGAGUUUCACUGUAGUGAAUGCAACUGCUACUGCGCAACAGUAUUUUGUGUAUGUCCAUGGGGGAGGUGGGGAAGAGUGGGAUUGGGGGGGGGUUAAUCUCAGCAACAGCACCUGCUAUACACUGUGGCAAGACUGGAAUUCACCUGGAUGUAAUUAGUUCCAGUAUGAGGGGAGGGGAGUGAGCCUUGCACUAACUUUGAAGCACUCCAUCCCACACCAGCCCUACAUCUACUCCUGGUCUCAGAGCUGUGGCUGUGCUGGUCAUUUGGUGAUGGUGAAAUGAUUGAGCUGCUUGACAGGUUUAACAGUUGCAUUCACAGCCUCUGUUGCCUGUUCCUCUGAAGAAGCAAUGGCAGUAUUAACCAAAAGCACCAGAGCAAGAAUGCUGUAUCUCUUAAAGUGAUAAGCAAACAGAAUUACAAGGCUGUAUGCCGGGGAAAGAGAUAAGUGUCUCCUUCACUGUGGGGGGAAAAAAGACCACGUUUAGGAGGUUCUAAGGAAAAUUGAGGGUUUUUAAUUAAGUGGGUAUUAACAGCUUGAACCAAUUUCAACUAAUGGCUUGUUUUAGGCACUUUGGUACAGCAACUGAAAUCAAUAAAGAACUUGAAUCUAA